CGGGUGGUCAGCGGUGCAGAUAUAAUCCCGGCGCAGCAGUAUCAAUAAAAACUGUAGUAAUUGAUGACACUGUACGUCCCCUCGCCGCCCUGCCUCACCUCACUAUAUCAAGAGAUAACCAUGCAUCAACUGGAAGCAAUAGCGUCUCAUCCCAACGCUUGGAAACCCCAUGCAAGGCUCCCAGCCAUCCGCACUACCCGGGUCACAGAUCCACCAGAACGGAACCUCAUCCUCGGAUCAGACAAUAGCACCGCGGAAUAAGACACUUCACAGUCGGGGAAAUUAUCAGGGGUAUCAAAUGGGAGAAGAGAAGCGGAUAUCAGCGAGUUCUGACCAAAAUCUCCAGACGUGCAAUGGUCACCGCGCAUUUCAGUUUCCAACUUCCGCACAUUUUCUUUCAUACACCGCCCAUUCAGGUUCUUUGUGGGCAAGGGUACGAAAAAAACCUCCUUUUUUGCAACUGAACCGGAACCCAACGACAACAUCCCAGACACGACGCGAAGAGGAGCUGAGCACCGAGGUUGAGGAAGUGGAUGUGCUGGACCCCGUGGUCGAUCGUACGGCCGACGAAGAGGACGAUCCGGCAAAUGAGUCAAUGUGGCAACCUACCGAUUUCUCCGGCGACCCGCAGGACACGGCGAAUGCCUUCAUGGGACUCUCUGUCCAUUGAUCGUCUCAGCGAGGAAAACUUUGCGCCAGUGCUUACUCCAUUCCCAAAAUGAAGCUGUGUACAGUCCCAUCGAUGACCCGGUCGGCAUUGUUUCUGACAGUUCCGCAAAAAGUCACCCCAAAAAUAUGAUGUCACGAGGUGGAACGAUGGCUUUUCUGCGGGCGGCAUAUC